UAUAUGCUGAAAAUGAAAAUGCUUAAUUUUAUUUUUGAAAUUUUCUAUGCCCAAAACACUACAACGGCAGAAGAAGGCAUGGCACAACAAAGAUGUCUUUUUACUCUAGGACAUCAACUUAUUCGACGUGUUGAAAAUAAUCUGGUAAGUUAGCCUAAAAUUCUAAAUUUGCCACAAUAUAUGCCGGUCAAAUGAGUUUCAAUAGAGAUAAAAUGUGGUUGCAAAUGCCACUAAUUUGAUGUUAAAGCAAGGAGGUAUGGCAUGGGAGAGACCACAUAUCAAAUUCUUAGGACUCAACUGGAAGUACUUGGGAGAAAAAUUGCAAGAAAUGGAAUUAUUUAUGAGAGAGAUGGAAAUAGCCUUCUCAUAUGGCACCAAUUUUUCCGUUGGCAUUGUUGAUGAAGAGUUCAAACAGUUCUUGGAAAACUUAAAAGCUCAAAUAUGCCUUAAGCUAGAGCAUGCCAAAUGCCUUUUGGCUUUCGAUGCAGCCACGACUCCUGUGGGAAAGGUAGAAACUUCAGAGAAGUCGAUUUGGAUGGUCAAAACAACCUCCAUUUCUCAAAGAUGAUCUACCAAUUGCACCCGACUUAGGGAACACUCCCAAACUCAAGAAUGAAGAAUCAAACGAAAGGCUGAAUAGUUUCCACGGGGCCUUGAGAAGCUUGAUUACAAGCAGCGACAACUUUGUUUUUGCAUUAAAGUGCUCAUUUUCAUUGGGUCAACUAUGUGGUUUGGCCUGAUUUAUAACAAGGAAAAUGGAUAUUGGUAAGGACUAACCAUCACAAUUAGUAUUGUAACAGGAUGCCAGGCCACAUUAAUAGAUGCAAUGAGAUCGAUUUAUGGAAUUCUAAGAUUAUUUCUGUUCCAAAGAUUUCUAGACGUCAAAUUCUUAGCUCUAUUACCUUGGAUUGUCUUCACUAGUUUUUUAAUCCACAACAAGAAUUAUGGCCAAGCCGGAGCAUAUUCUGUAGCCACUGGGGUAUUGUUGUUCUUGGGUAGGAAAGACUAUGGCCCCCCAGUUAUGUUUGAAAUUGCAAGGGUCACAGAGGCGACUAUUCGAAUAAUUUGUCUCAUUAUAGUUAAGCUUCUCUUCAGUCCUUCAAGAGCAGAAACUCUUGCAAAGCUUGAAAUACUGAAGAUCAUUCAACUAUUUGGAAGCUACAUUGAAAGAAUAGCUAAUUUUCCUCAAUGGAAAAACACAUUGGCUUCUUCAAGAGUGCUGAAAGAAAGGCAACAUCAGUUGAAAUGCCAUGUAGAAAAACUGGAGAAGUUCAUUGUAGAACCUAAGAUGGUGCCCAAUUUUCGGUUUGUGCCCUUUAAUGGGGCUACCUAUCAUAAGCUCUUAGGGUCAUUUUCAACAUUGGUGAAUAUUUUACAGUUCGUGAUCUAUAAGAUAUAA